CUUUCUGAUGACCCUGAAGCAGCGGGAGGGUCUCCAAACCGGGAGAUCCCCUGCCCCCACCUGGGGAUUGGCAACCCCAGCAUUCGGGCUACGCUUAGAAACGCUCUCGCAAUUUUGGAAAGCGAAAUUGUCCGGUUUGCGCUUACGCGGAGUUCCACGCGCCGCACCCCACUGCGGGUUUCAAGGGCGGCCAAUUCGGCCUAGAAUCGGGCCACGUGUUUGCACGGAGCCUGCGCGUCCCGCUGAGAUUCGUGGCGCGACGGAGGUUUUCGAGCAGCUCCAGGCUGCUCUGCCCCGCGCCCUUCCCUUUGAGCCAGCCAGGAACAACGCGCUGCCUCCGGGGGGCGCCGAACUCACCCGAAGCGAGGGCAGCACCCCGGCUGGCGCCUUUCCGCCCACCCGGCCUCUGAUUGGACGUUUCGACGGAACGAGCCCUGCCUGGUCUUCUCCACUCUGCACGGGUCCAACGCAAAGGAAGCGCGGCGGAGGGGUCUGCGUCGGCGGGCUUUCCAAAACUGGCCUUAAUGUGCUGCUUGGCACCCGAAUUCACCGUGCGGAAAUACAGGUUUGCGGAAGGGCAAGAGGAACGCGGAAGAGGACGCCCGAAAUCGGUGCUGGUGGUGCUUAUUCCAGAGAUUCUUGACCCCCAGUAUGGAAUGUAUGUUUGGCCUUGUGCGGUGGUCCUGGCCCAGUAUGUGUGGUUUCACAGAAGAUUAGUCCGUGACAAGAGAAUUUUGGAGCUUGGAGCAGGUGUGAGUCUUCCUGGAAUAGUGGCAGCAAAAUGUGGAGCUGAAAUUAUACUAUCAGAUAAUGCAGCACUUCCUCAGUGUCUGGACAACUGUAACCGAAGCUGUCAGAUGAAUAAUCUCUCCAGGGUUUUGGUAACCGGACUCAUCUGGGGUCAGAUAUCACCUGCUUUGUUGGCCUUGCCUCCAGUAGACAUUAUUUUGGCAUCAGACAUAUUUUUUGAACCAGAAGACUUUGAAGAUGUGAUAAGUACUGUGCACUACUUAAUGGAGAAGAGUCCACAUGCUCAGUUCUGGACUACUUAUCAAGUUAGAAGUGUUGACUGGUCUGUCCAAGGAUUACUCCACAAAUGGGAAAUGGAAAGCAUCUAUGUGCCCUUACAGUCAUUUGAAGCGAACAAGGAACAACUUGCAGAUUCUCCUCUUCCAGGAAGACACACUAUUGAAAUGAUGGUUAUCACUAAAGUGACUAUGUAACAGUUUGAAUACUACCUUAACUUUUCCAAGAUUAUGAAUACCAUGUGUUUGUUUGUUUGUUUGCUUUCUGCUGAAAGGCUCAUAUUAAAACUACCUCGUGCAAAGGGGAAGAUUCUUACCUGCUUAU